AUCACCACGUGGGAAGGAAAGGUGGUGAAAAAAGUGAAGCAUAUCAUCUCUUGUCGUGCUUGAUGUUGAUCCAUUUUUGGUAAAUUGAGUCAACGGUAUUGUCAUAAUUUCUCACCACUAGAGGAAUUAUCAAAUCGACAAAUCGCACCUCUCUCUCUCUCUGUGUGGAGUGCAACUGGAACCAACGUAUGAUCUUUUCAUUUUUCCCCUCGUGCUGGUUUUUGGAAUUCCUUCUUUCUUCCUCUCUGUUGCUUUCACUGACGCAUUGGCUCAGCGUCGGAGCUCCUCUCUCUCUCCUCACGCGGGUGGUGGUGAGUGGUGACGGGACAAACCCAGCCGGCCAGCCCCCACCCCCCACACAACCGUACAGCGCGCACACACACUCCACCAGUAAAUGACAUCUGAUCUAAUAGAUUCUUGCGCACCAUUAUCAGUGCUUCUAGAGGAGCAGGUUUCAAUGUGGACCCGUCGCGAACCCCGUCGGCUCGUUGCUCUGUUUCAAUUGUUCUUUGUCAACUACCUAUAUCUUGUUCCUUGUUAAUCCAUAAGAAAGAUGUAUGAUCUCUCAGUUAGUCUUUCACCAUAACAUGGCGAUGUCAUCUUCAUUCCUCCUUUUGCUUCUUCACCUUCUUCUCCUCUCUCUGCAACACUCUAUCCUCCGAGCCAUCUCUUCAAGCAAUGUUUACAUUGUUUACAUGGGAGAGAGACGCCACUAUGAUUCUCAACUUAUUCAGGACUCGCACCAUGAAGUUCUUUCCACUCUGCUCGGAAGUCAGGAAGCUGCGAGGGCGUCCAUUUUGUAUAGCUACAAGCAUGGGUUUUCGGGCUUUGCUGCUGUGCUAAGUCAAUCUCAAGCAAAAGCCAUUGCAGAUUUCCCUGGAGUUAUUCGUGUUGUUCCAAACCGUAUUCUUAAUGUGCACACGACUAGAAGUUGGGAUUUCCUGCAGUUGAAAUCUGAGAUCAUCGAUGGAAUUCUAUCGAGGAGUCAAUCAGGUGAUGGCUCAAUUAUUGGAGUCCUGGAUACGGGAAUAUGGCCCGAGUCCGAGAGCUUCAAUGACGAUGGCAUGGGAGAGGUUCCAUCUCGAUGGAAUGGGGUGUGUCAGGAAGGAGAGGAAUUCAAUUCUUCCAAUUGUAACAGGAAAAUUAUUGGUGCUCGUUGGUAUAUCAAAGGAUAUGAAGCUGAAUUUGGGAAGCUGAAUACAAGUGGUAGUAUUGAGUUUUUGUCUCCUCGGGAUGCAGUGGGACAUGGUACCCACACCUCAUCUACUGCAGCAGGGGCUCUGGUGGGAAAUGCAAGCUUUAUGGGUCUGGCUCAAGGGCUGGCAAGGGGAGGUGCUUCAGCUGCUCGGUUAGCUAUAUACAAAGUAUGCUGGUCUACUGGUGGCUGCAGCUCAGCUGACCUUCUUGCUGCUUUUGAUGAUGCAAUUUUUGAUGGAGUGGAUGUGCUUUCUGUGUCUCUAGGCUCAGCACCACCACUUUCUCCAUACAUUGAGGAUACUUUGGCCAUUGGUUCCUUCCAUGCAGUUGCUAAAGGGAUUCCUGUAGUUUGCUCAGGGGGGAAUUCUGGUCCUUACUCUCAGACAGUCAUAAAUACUGCUCCCUGGAUUAUAACUGUUGCAGCAAGUACAAUUGAUCGAGCUUUUCCUACAGCAAUUACCCUAGGGAACAACCAAACCAUUGUGGGCCAAGCUCUGCUUACAGAGAAACAUGUGGAUAAGUUCUAUCCCAUAGUUUAUGGAGAAAGUAUUGCUUCCAAUGAUUCUGAUGAAGAUAAAGCAAGGAGUUGUGAUGUGGGAUCUCUGAAUGCGACACUAGCAAGAGGAAAGGUGGUUCUCUGUUUCCAAUCUCAGUCACAGAGGUUAGCCUUUGUUGCCACAAGAACAGUAACAAAAGUUAAGGGUGUUGGUGUCAUCUUUGCUCAACUUCCAAAGAAGGAUGUUGCUUCUACACCAGGUGUUCCAUGCAUCCACGUUGACUUUACAAUAGGAACACAUGUGCUGGAAUACAUCAGAAGCACCAGAAAUCCAGUAGUCAGAUUUAGCCUUACAAAGACAUCUCUUGGGAGACAAAUUUCCCCAGAAGUGGCAUUCUUCUCUUCUAGAGGACCGAGUUCUCUUUCUCCUUCAGUGUUGAAGCCUGAUAUAGCUGCACCUGGAGUUAAUAUCUUAGCUUCAUGGUCACCUGCUUCUCCAUCAUCCAGUAUACAUCAACACAAAGUACCUCCACUUAAAUUCAAAAUUGAAUCAGGAACCUCCAUGUCUUGUCCUCAUAUAUCUGCUAUUGUGGCUCUUCUUAAAUCAAUGCAUCCCAACUGGAGCCCUGCAGCAAUAAAAUCUGCAUUAGUCACAACAGCCUCUACAAAAGAUGAAUAUGGCCAAAGUAUAGUAGCUGAGGGAUCUCCACAUAAGCAGGCUGACCCAUUUGAAUAUGGGGGUGGUCAUGUCGACCCUAACAAAUCUGCAGAUCCUGGUCUUAUAUAUGAUAUGGGAAUUACAGAUCAUGUACGCUUCCUUUGUUUAAUGGGAUACAAUGACUCUGCUGUCAGUUUAAUGACAAAGCAUCCUACUGUAUGCCAUGAAACAUCCAAGUCACUAGCAGACCUCAAUCUACCUUCCAUCUCCAUUCCUGAGCUGAAGAAAAGUUUGACAGUGUCAAGAACUGUAACCAAUGUGGGUCCAGUUAAUUCUGUUUAUUCUGUUCGUGUUAAGUCACCCCCAGGUGUGAUCGUGCAAGUUGAGCCACCAGUUUUAUCAUUCAAUUCUACAGCUAAAAAGCUAACAUUCAAGGUAAUUUUCCAUUCCCAACUCAGAGUGCAAGGCAGAUACUCCUUUGGAUAUCUCUCGUGGGAAGAUGGCGGCCAUGUAGUAAGGAUACCAUUGAUAGUUAGAGCUGUUAUAGAUGAUUUUUAUGCAGAUACAUGAACAGAUGCUAAAGGCUGUAUCAGUUUACCUUGAUCAAUGCUGCAUUGCAUUAUUAUGCAUGCCCUUACUAAACCAUGGGCAUGUAUUUGAACAUAGAAAAAUAGUUGGAAAGAAGACUUUAAUCUCAAAGUAUUUCUAUGAGGAUUAUGUACUAUUA